CAAGAAAUCAAGAAAUGGUCUUGGCUGAUAUGUUAACUGAAUCUUGUAAAGCAUGGCAAUAUUGUCCAAGAGAUGUACUUCGUAUAUUCUCUAAAAUUUUGGAAGAUGAAUUUGGUUUGGUUAUGAAUGUAGGCAUUGAAGUAGAAUUUUACCUUUAUAAGAGUGUGUUAAAGGAUGGAAAAGAAACAUGGGCCAGAAUUGACAGGACCUCUUACUGUUCUACAACAGCAAUUGAUGUUGCAUCAUUAGUGCUUCAAGAGAUUGUUGCUUCUUUACACUCCUUCAAUAUUCUAGUCGAACAGUUACAUUCAGAAGCUGGAAAAGGUCAGUUUGAAAUUGUGUUGGGAUACACUGAUUGUGGUAGAGCAGCAAAUAACUUGAUAAUUACACAUGAAGUAAUCAAAGGGGUUGCAAGGAAACAUGGGCUACUAGCAAGUUUUACCCCAAGGUAUUAUAACAAUAAUGUGUAUCCCAAGUCUCAUGCUCAUUCUAGAGAUGAGGAUGUUGGGUCAGGAUCGCAUGUACACAUCAGUUUGUAUAAGAAUGGAGAAAAUAUAUUUAUGGCAUCUAGUGAGCCAAAUAGGUAUGGGAUGUCCGUGAUCGGGGAAUCAUUCAUGGCUGGGAUAUUAGAUCAUCUUCGCUCCGUAUGUGUAUUUACGAUGCCUAUCUCUAAUAGUUAUGACCGCUUAAUACCUAAGGCACGGAAUUCAUCAUUCAUUUGCUGGGGGAUAGAAUGUAAAGAGUUACCUGUAAGAGCUUGUUGCCCUCCUGGAGCUCCAAAUGGUGUGGUAACCAAUUUUGAAUUGAAAACAUUUGAUGGAUCUGCAAACCCACACUUGGGUCUAGCUUCAAUAAUUAUUGCUGGCAUCGAUGGCAUGCGAAGAAAAUUACCAAUUCCAGGACCAGUAGAGCCAGAAUCUUAUGACUUCGAUUGGAACAACGAUGAUAUAAAACUACCAUGGUCUCUUAGAUGCGCUAUUAUCCAUAUGGAUUCAGAUAAAUGGUUUAAUGAAAUGUUGGGUAAAGAAUUUAUAUGCACCAGAGGAGGAGUUGUUGGGGAAGAGAUCGGACACGAUUUUUGUGGUGGAGACGAAAAAUACAAGCACAUUAUGUUUAAUUAUUAGGUUUUCACUUAUCUAUUUCUAACAUCACCAUGCUUUAUACUCUUCUAAUUUUAUUUCUUGUCUCAUAUUUU